UUUACGUCAUCAACCUGCGUCAAUAAUCCGAAAACAGUGAGCUGGCAUUGAAUAGUAGGUGGAUUAUCUGUGUCUUCAAUCAUCUCGCAAUCCCCCAAACCAUGACCAAGCUUCUGCAGUGGCUUCUUGCGGUGUCUCUGAUUGGCAUUGCAUGGGGACUCGUUACCUUCGACCUCCUGGAUUUGCAUUUGCUGCCCCAGUAUAAAGAGCUUGCAUGGCCGAUGCCCGUGUACCUGCUGGUGGUGUUUGGGUGUUAUUCUCUGGCCACUGUCGGCUACCGUGUGGCUACAUUUAAUGACUGUGAGGAUGCGGCCAAAGAGCUGCAAGCGCAAAUAAAAGAAGCCAAAGAGGACUUGAGGAAGAAAGGACUGAAGAUGUGAAACUAGUUUGUGAUUAUCAAUAUUCUUUAUUUCUCUGUGCACAACAUUUCCUCCACGGUGACUGCAGUCUGGUUCUAUGGAUGUUUGCACUGUCAUAUGGACUAAAAUGAAAACAGGUCAGCUUAGUUCAUGUUUAUUUCAACAUGGUGUAAACUCCUGCACACCUGUGAAUCUAUUUUCAGCUCCAGGACAGCUUUAUUUAAAACAUUACUGAAACAUUGUGGACAUAUUGUCAGUGCAGAGAAGUGCUAUUUUUGUACAGUCCCAAGUCCAGAGUGUGUGUAUUUGCAUUGGCCGAGGAAUGAAUAUGGCUCUUUCUGUUUUUAGUGAAGUCAGAAUUCGGUUUCAGAUUUACACAUGAACUGUGCUUGUGAAAGAAAUGUGUCGGUCAAUUAAAAAAAAAAAAAAAAAAAAAAAGAUUUACAAAUGUAAAACAUUUGUGUUGAAUUCCAUUACGGUACUUAUUAAAUAACAUUUUAAGGGUCAGAAUGUUUAAUUUGAACAUUAUGUGGUAUUUGAUUGCCUGAAUAGAUAAAAACUACUUUAUAAGGUAAUUUUCCAUUGCGUUUUCUCCAGGACAUUCCACAUAAUAAAACUGAUGCUUGAUGCAAAAUGUGUAAAUCACAUGUCAAUCAAAACACAGACCGAUUCAUUUUCAACUGCAAUGUAAAUGUAACUUUUUGAAGCUGUUAAUAAAACAAAGAUGUAUGCUUUAAAAAAAAAAA